AUGUCGUUCGAGUUCACAGAUCGCGCACAGUCGUCGGUCUCGGCAGCGCUUCAGCUCGCCAAGGACCACUCGCAUCCACAAGUGAGCCCUGUGCAUAUCGCCUUGGCACUCUUGACCGAUGACACCUCUAACUCGCAAGGUGUCCAAUCGACCAACGAAUCGAGCCAGUCACUCUUCAAGAGCAUCUGCUCCAAGGCAGGUGUCGACAUCAAGAUCUUUGAAGACAAGCUCCGCACCGCAGUUCGCAAGAUUCCGUCCCAAUCCCCACCUCCCGAUGAUAUUAGCCUCUCCAAUCCCGCGCUCAAGGUCCUCAAAGAAGCCGAAAGCCAGAAGAGCACGCAGCGAGACGCGUACAUCGCGCAAGAUCACAUCCUUCUAGGGCUCAUCCAAGACAACACCAUCAAGCAACUGCUCAAGGAAGCAGGUCUCGACAACGAACAGCUUAUCAAGACCGCCAUCACUCAGGCAAGAGGCGGUCGGCACAUUGAUAGCAAGAACGCGGAAGCAGGAUAUGACGCUCUUGCGAAGUACUGCACCGACCUCACGCAGCUCGCAGCAGAGGGCUCUCUUGAUCCCGUCAUCGGUCGUGAUCAGGAGAUUCGACGAGCCGUCCGAGUGCUCUCCAGGAGGACGAAGAACAAUGCCGUGCUCAUCGGCAGUCCUGGUGUUGGUAAGACCGCCAUUGUCGAAGGUCUUGCUCAGCGUGUCGUCGACCGUGAUGUUCCACCCAACCUUCUGGGUAAAAUCCUCAGUCUCGAUGUCGGCGGCCUCAUGGCCGGGGCCAAGUACCGCGGCGAGUACGAGGAGCGUGUCAAGUCGGUGCUCGCCGACAUCGAAAAGAUGACCGCCGACGGAACCCCCUGCAUUCUCUUUAUCGACGAGAUGCAUCUUCUCAUGGCUGGCCAGGGUAGCUCGGGUGGAGGCAUGGACGCUGCCAAUCUACUCAAGCCCAUGCUUGCUCGUGGUAAGCUCCGCGUCAUUGGCUGCACCACCGCCAACGAGUACAGGCAGUACAUCGAGAAGGAUGCAGCCCUAGAGCGACGAUUCCAAUCGAUCCUCGUCAACGAACCUACCGUCGAGGACUGCAUCGCCAUUCUCCGUGGUAUCCGCGACAAGUAUGAGGUGCACCACGGCGUCCGCAUCCUUGAUUCCGCCAUCGUCUCUGCCGCACAGCUUGCCAAGCGCUACCUCACCGAUCGACGCCUGCCUGACUCGGCCAUCGACUUGGUCGACGAGGCGUGUGCCGAUGUCAGGGUUUCGAGAGAAACAGUCCCUGAAGAGGUCGAUAAGCUCGAGCGAAAGCGUCUCCAGCUCGAGAUCGCCGUACACGCACUUUCGCGAGAGAAGGACGCGCAAUCCAAGCAGUCGCUCGAGGAGACCAAGAAGCAGAUCCAGGCCAUCGACGACGAGCUCGCUCCCAUCAAGGCGGCUUUCGAAGCGCAGAAGGCCAAGGGUGAAGAGAUCAACACGGUUCGACGCAAGAUGGAGGAGGUGCGUGCCAAGAUUGCCGAAGCUGAGCGUCGCUACGAUCUCGCCACCGCCUCUGAUCUCAAGUUUUACGCGCUGCCCGAUCUCGAGGCCAAGCUGAAUCAGCUGCAGGCUGCCGAACGUAAGCGCGAGGAGGAAGGUCUCAACUCGGACAAUAACGCUGUCACCGCCGACUCGAUCGCCGCGAUUGUCUCGCGCUGGACAGGCAUCCCCGUGUCGCGCAUGCUCGAGUCCGAAAAGAACAAGUUGCUGCGUCUCGAACGCACGCUCGCCAAGGAGGUCAUUGGUCAGGACGAGGCAGUCAAGAGCGUUGCGCAGGCCAUCCGACUGUCGCGCUCCGGUCUUGCUGACGCCAAUCGUCCUAUCGCCUCGUUCCUCUUUGCUGGAUCUUCCGGUUCCGGCAAGACGCUGCUGAGCCGUACGCUUGCCAAGUGCAUGUUCGACUCGGCCGACGCCAUGGUGAGGAUCGACUGCAGCGAGUUUUCCGAGAAGCACUCGAUCUCACGUCUGAUCGGUGCGCCGCCUGGCUACGUGGGACACGAAGAAGGUGGCGUGCUGACGGAAGCGGUACGUCGCAAGCCGUUCAGCAUUGUGCUACUGGAUGAGAUCGAAAAGGCAGCGCGCGAGUUCAUUCAGCUCUUCCUCGGUGUGCUCGACGAGGGUCGUUUGCAGGACAGCCAGGGCCGGCAGGUGUCGUUCCGCAACACGAUUAUCAUCAUGACGUCCAACCUUGGCUCGGCGUACAUCAACGAGUCGGAGGUCGAAGAGAUGACAGAUGCUACGCGCCAACUGGUGAUGAACAGCAUCAAAGCUGCGAUGCCGACCGAGUUUGUCAACCGAAUCGACAGCAUCGUGGUGUUCAGCAAGCUUUCGCGUCGCAACGUUAAGUCGAUCGUCGAUGUUCGACUGCGCGAGAUCGAGCAGCGCAUCCAGGCGAACGGAGGCAAGUCCAAGUUGGUGCUCGACGAUGCGGCCAAGGACUUUUUGGUCUCGAUCGGCUUUUCGCCUACCAUGGGCGCUCGUCCGCUCAACCGUGCGAUUCAGCAGGAGCUGCUCUCGCCUCUGUCGAUCCUGAUCCUGUCCGGCAGGAUCAACAUUAAAGACGAUGCCGAGAUCCGCGUUCAGUUCGAUCCGCACAGGAACGGGUUGGUCGUGCUGCCUAACCACGAGGGCAAUGCGAAUGGUGUCGAGGACGAGCCCAUGUCGGACGACGACGAUGACCUCGAUGACUAUGGGCAUGCCAAGAUCGAAGAAGAUCCGCUCGACUGA